AUGAGCCGGUGGCGACGUUCGGUGGAUGAGCUGGCAGCAGGACGGCGACAGAGCGAGUGUGAGCGUGCUCAAGAUGCUCUCAGCCGGGUCACUUCUUGUUUCCAGCAGUUGGUGGCGUGCCUCGGCAGCUCGGCAGACAGCUGCUUCCUGCGAGACGAGUUGGAUGAGACGAGAGCGCUCGCUCACCGUAUCUGCAGUGGUCUUUCUCGCCGGCUGCUGCGUCUGCUGUCAGAAUGUGACUCCGCCCCCUCAGGUGCAGCAGACCGGCAGGUAUCAGAGCGUCUUUGGGUCGUCUUCCUGUCCGCUGUGGAGAACUUCCUGUACGACCUGCGAAAGGCCAGCGAUCUGAUUGGACAGUUCCCUCUGACUCAGCGCUCCAACAGACGCUACCUGGUCAACACAGGAUGUCUGGACGGCGGGGUGGGGGUGGCGGCCCGGGUGGCUCUCAUCCAGGUACCCUGGCUCACGCUAGAGGAGGAGCCAAGCCCGGACCUGACCAAUCACAUCGCAGGACUGGAGGCCAUGCUUAGCGAGUUGCAGCUCAGGGUUCCUGUUGCGUUCUGGUCGGUGGAGGCGACCCAGCCGGCCUGGUCCGAGGCCCGCGGGGACGCCGUUGACCCGGACCACACCCUGCAGGAGCUGAUGGAGGUGGAGACGGUGGCGGACGGCAGCAGGGCCGGCUGCUGCGGCCUGGGCUGUGUGGGCUAG